CGAAAUCGGUUUCAGCCAGAAAGAUAACGAUUAACAACACUGCUUAUUCACUGUUCCGCCUUCGUUCUUUCUUGUUUCUGUGUUUUUUGCGUUGUUUUGUAUUUUAUUAAAUAUAUUACAAAAUCAUAUAAUUACCUGUAUUAGUUGUUGUUCACGCAACAGCCAGGAAACGCUAAAAGAAACGGCAAUUAUUACUUAAUUUGCAAAUUAAAAAGCCCCCUAGGUAAGAGAGAGGAAGCCAUGGCCGAAACAGAGAAGCAACAACCCCAUCCCGACCAUCAUGAUGAGGAUGUGCACGAUGCCAACUACCAAGCACCGCCGGAGAAGACCAUCGAGGAGAUCAUGGCCGCCGAUCAGGAGGAUGAGAGUUUGAGACGCUACAAGGAGGCCCUCCUGGGCGCAGCCCAGACCGAGAAGAUUGUUGUCGAGCCCAAUGAUCCGCGCAAGGUGAUUGUGAAAAAGCUGGCGCUGGUUGUGGAGGGACGCGAUGAUAUGGAAUUGGAUCUUACUGGCGACAUUAGUCAGCUGAAAAAGCAGCUUUUUGUGAUCAAAGAAGGUGUUCAGUACAAGGUGCGCAUUGAUUUUAUUGUGCAACGUGAAAUCGUUCACGGCCUUAAGUAUGUGCAAAAGACCUCUCGCUUUGGCAUGCCCGUUGUGGUCGACAAAAUGAAGCACAUGGUUGGCUCGUAUCCGCCGAAAAAGGAAAUUCAGUUCUACUUGACGCCCGCCGAGGAGGCGCCCUCCGGCACAUUGUCGCGCGGCACUUACUCGGUCAGCUCGAUCUUCACGGAUGACGACAAGCACAUACAUUUGGAGUGGGACUGGACCUUUGAGAUCAAAAAGGACUGGGCAUAAGGCGGGAAACACACCACACAUAGAAACCCACACACACACACGCCACACACACACACCGACAUAGACACAGACACACAGCAUAUACAAUUUUUUUUUUUUUUGUUUCUUCCCCAAAAUUGUCAUGUUACUAGUUUAUUUUUUGUUUCCAAAAUCUGUAAACGCGAGUUUCCAACAAAAAGAAAAAGAAGCCAACCAAUUGAUCGUCAAGUAUUUUUGUGAAUGGUAUUAAAAUGAAACUAUUUUUGUAUCUAAAGAGUUAAAUGUAAAGCCA